UGAUAAUUCAUUCAAGUUUCAUAAAUGCAAAUACCAUGUCAUCCCUGCUUAUUUAAACAAUAUCGCUCAUAGUAACCACACUUAUAUUUUCCAUAACAUUAUCACCCUCCUCCUCACUUCCAGCAACAAUGACUAAAAAUGAGCACACAAAUACCUACAAUGGUGAAGAAAUCUAUCCUUCCAUAGACGAUGACAACCAAGAUUUUCCGCCUCUUGUUGUUUCUUACAACGACAAGAUACGUCCUAUUCUUGACGCCGUGGACAAGCUCCGUCGCCUCAACGUCACACAAGAAGGCAUUCCUCUCCCCACCAUCGUGGUUGUAGGAGAUCAGUCCUCCGGGAAGUCUAGUGUUUUAGAGUCACUUGCGGGUAUAAGUUUGCCACGUGGGCAAGAUAUAUGCACAAGGGUACCCCUUAUAAUGAGGCUCCAACACCAUACGGAUCCUGUGCCAGAGUUCCUUCUUGAGUAUCAGAAAAAAUCUAUUAAGAUCGAUGAAGAAAGCCAGAUAUCUGAUGCCAUUAAUAAGGCUACGGUGGAGAUCGCCGGAAACUCUAAAGGCAUAUCGAAUGUUCCAUUAACUUUGGUGGUUAAGAAGGAAGGUGUUCCAGAUCUUACGAUGAUUGAUUUGCCUGGAAUCACUCGGGUUCCCAUAGGUGAUCAACCGGAAAAUAUUUAUGAACAAAUUUCAGGUAUGAUAAUGGAGUACAUAAAGCCAGAAGAAAGCAUCAUUUUGAAUGUUCUUUCUGCUUCGGUUGAUUUCACCACAUGCGAAUCAAUAUGCAUGUCACGACGUGUGGAUAGCACCGGGCAGAGGACACUAGCUGUUGUUACCAAAUGUGACCGUUCCCCAGAUGGCCUACUUGAAAAAGUGACCACAAAUGAUGUCAACAUUGGCCUCGGCUACAUUUGUGUCCGAAACAGGAUCAACGAAGAAACCUAUGAAGAAGCUCGAAACCAAGAAGCCACGCUAUUUGAAACUCACCCGUUACUAUCCAAGAUUGACAAAUCCAUGGUGGGUAUUCCUGUUUUGGCACAUAGGCUUGUUCAGAUCCAAUCGGUAAUCAUAUCAAAAUGUUUGCCCGAAAUCAUCAAGAAUAUCAAUGACCGACUCAAUGCUUCGGUUUUGGACCUCAACAAAUUACCAAGAAAUCUUACAAGUGUUCCGGAUGCAAUGGUUACAUUUAUUCAAAUUGUUGGGUCCUUGAAAGAAACUCUUCAAAAGAUCUUAAUCCAAGGUGAAUUUGAUGAAUAUGAAAAUGAUAAUGAAAUGCAUUGUGAUGCUCGGUUGGCGGAGAUGGUAGACAAGUUAUCAAAAGAUCUCCAAUCAAGUGUCAACUUUUCUGAAAAUUUCUUGGUUGAGGAAAUGCAGGUUUUGGAGGAAGCUAAUGGAAUUCGAUUGCCUAAUUUUCUUCCCCGCUCGGUUUUUCUUUGCCUGCUUAAGAGAAAAGUGAACGCUAUCUCCGAUUUGCCUGUUGGCUUUGUAAACAAAGUGUGGGAUUAUCUUGAAAUCGUUUAUGCUAGAGUAUUGAUAGAUCGAUGUGGAAAUUACCCGCAGUUGCUUCCUUCCAUAAAGAAAGCAACUCAAUAUGCUAUGGCAAAAUUAAAGGCUAUGUUUGUGGAAAGGGUUGUUGAAAUGAUAGAGAUGGAGAAGAUGACAGAUUACACAUGUGACCCUGAUUUUAUUACUUCUUACAACAAGCUAAUGAGCUACCAUGCUCAGUUUUCGAUGAACUUAUCACAGUCAUACAUGACGAGUUAUUCGAUAAAUGUGGAAGGUUAUGGGAGUAUAGACAUUGGGCAUCUACGUGAAGUUCCGGAAAACACAAGGAAUCAAGCUUUUGAUCUCAAAAUGAGGAUGGCGGCGUAUUGGAAAAUUGUUUUGAAACGUAUGGUGGAUUGUUUAGCGCUCGAACUGCGGUAUUUUAUGCAAAAAAUGGUGGACAAGGAGAUGGAGAUGGAGAUAGUGAAUGAGGUAAUGGUACAUGGUGGUGGUAUAGAGAAGAUGUUGGAUGAACCACCCUAUAUUGCUAAAAAGAGGGAGCGGCUUCAAAGCAGCAUUAGCUUGCUUAAAGAAUCGAAAGAAAUAAUAGAACAAGUCAUGGAUGGUAUUGCGGUUACAUCUUAUUAACUUAUUUAGUAACCAAUGGUUGGAUGAGAGACAUUCUGCUAUGUGUUCUGGUUGAAUCAUAUUUACAUUUGUAUUAAAAUUUCAAUUAUGUA